AUGACAUCUGGUGACAUGCCCAAAUCCUCAUCUCCAGCUUCUGGCUGGCGGGUAGGGGUUUCUCGCUUGAUGCGACAGUCCCAAGAUCCACCACACCCGCCUCCGCCUCCCACAGAAGUCAGCCGCUGGUCCAAAACAACCACGGAAUCAGAGAUAUCUGAUGCCUUUGAGGAAUCGCCGCCCUCAUUGCCUGACAAGAGACGGAGUUUUCUCAAGAGGAAGUCAAAGUUGAAGAGGCAAUCAAAGGAUACUGCAAACUCGAGUCCAACGGACCCGUUUUACGAUCCCGUGACCAGGCAGCUUCAACCGUUUGGGGAUGUCCCUCCCAUCAUUUCCACCGGUGGCGACGGACAACCGAGAACGAUGUCUACCUCGGACUCGGAUGCAUCGUCUGAGCUCGACCCGACCAGUCCAGUCAUCCACAGAGCAAGCAGCGUCCGUGUGACCAAACCGCAUAUCGUGCUCCACAACAACAGCUCCGGCGGUUCGGUGCCCAGGCUCUAUGCUCCUCAUUCGACCCCGACAUCGACUCAUGAUGGGCCGCCCAUGGCGAAAACAACCCAGACCUUGGGCGAAGGCCUCAAACAUCUCUCCAACUUGACCGAUGUCGAGAAGAGCGAGGAACCUGUCGUCCCAGGCGGUCCAGGCGAUGCUCUCAAGGCGCUCGAAGGUCGAGAAGAGCCGCAACAGAAAGAAGACGACAUCACCGCACUCCCUCGGGUGCCUGCAGAAGUCAGCACCGAGUGCGGCGAUACGAUGAAGGAGACCAUUCUCGAGUGGCCAGAUACUCCAAGUCGGAUUGAAGCACUCGACACCUUGCCCACACCUUUUGGCGGGUUUGGCUCUGUACGAGUGCCUCGGACAUCUAACGCAACCUACUCAACAAGUGGAAGCACGAAUACCACCUAUGUUUCGCCUCCCUCUAUCAUCACAGACGGUCUCCGCGCGAAUCCUCCCUCCGAGAAUGACAAGAAACUUUCCCGUGCCAUCUCAGCACCGGUGCGCAACCCAGCGCGUCGGGUGAUGAUCCGGCCCACGGAUCUGAUCAUUAGCAAAGGGGUCCACGACCAUAAAUUGUACCGUGAGAACAUUGUCAGCACCCCGUACCCGGCAAGACACAGCAGCAUCGGAGAGAUUGACGAGAUUACUGCUCCCGGUGCACAGGCAACGGGAAACAGGACGCCCAACACAAAGCGUUCGAGGCCACUCUCUCACCACACAGAAAAGUCGGCAGAACAAGACGGGGAGGGUGAGGGCGAAGGCGAGACCAAGACCCCGAACCAUGACGACGACACUACUGCUCAAGGUAUCCAGGACGACGACGAGAAACGAGACAUGGCCCCCGAGAUCCCCUUCUCCACAAAGCCCACACUCCUCUCACCAACCCCGGCGCCCCUAACAGCCAAAUCCGACCGAUUCCCUUCGCCGUCGGCUCCGGAAAUUCUCUUCCUGGACCUUCGCUUGGCCCGUCAUCCGUCCGUCGGGGUCACAGUGGAGAUCAAGGUGACGGACAAAGCGACCUUUGAUGACGAGCAGCUAUUCACGAUGGUGCGGCACAGCUACGUGACGAAGCUGAUGGGCCGUGGGAGGUGGUGGUUCUGCGCCCGGACCUUGGAGGCUGCCAGCAUGAGGGUUGCUCAGCCUUUUGAUCCAAACGCGCCGUUCUGGUAUGGCACGCCGCAGCAUCUCGGAACCGGCGGCAGCGCUGUAGAAUUUGACGGUGCCGAUUUCGUGCGGCAUCUCCUCAACCCGCGCGUUGGACGUCGGCGGAAGAUGUGGCUGCUCUGGCUCCGCAACCGCCAAAGUGUCGAUGCACAUGGCAAGGACAACAGCAAGGACCACAACGGCAUCGACAAUGCCAAUGUUACGAGUCCAGCACAUCGCGCCCGCGGCCGUGGCCGUAGAUCCCACUUGGCCCAGCAUGAUGGCUACGCGCAGGGAUACGGUCAUAGCCCACAGCAGGGAGACGGCAGUGCAACGAGUCCGGUCUUUUCGUUUAUGCCUUCGCGCAACAACAGCGACGGCAUCAGCAACAACAAUGAGACCUCAUCCGCAACACAAGCCAACAGUCUCAACAACAUGGCCGGUGCAGGUUUGGUGUGGUCAGCUGGAGGACUCGUCGGGAAACAACCCUCGGUGUCUCUCCCACGAAUGCCCUUCCAGCCGUCCGCCAUGUCAUCGUUCCACCGAACGAAAUCCCUCGCGGCCCAUACUUCGGCAACCACCAUGCCCCUAUCCUCCUCCCCGUCGACCAUCUCUUCACCAUACACCGCGAAUCCUUACGCAUCAUACCUAUUCCACCUUCAGCAACAGCACCAACCACCACUGCUACCGGUACAAAACCAAGGUCCCCCCACCAUUCACCUCCACCACACCUUCUCGCUCCCAUCCAUGGCCAUCUUCACGUUCGUGCUCCUCAUGCUCUCAGUCCUCACGACCACGUUCUGGAUCCUGUUUGGCUAUCCCGGCCGCAGCGCGGCCGCAGGGAACGGCACCACGACGGUCGCGGGCAACGAGUACGCGCUGAGUUGGCGGCGCGACGCCCAGGCCCGCGUCGGGGUCGGGCUGGUUAUGGGCGUGGUGGUCCUUUUACUCGGGGCAGGCUGCGAGGUGGCGUGGGUCUGGACGAGUUGGGUUCUUGUCUAG